AUGCAGGAAAACUACAUGGAUUAUCUGCCUCGUAUGUCGUGGACUGGCUAUCGUCCACGUUCUUCGGCUCGUCCUAUACAAGAUAGGGAAGAAACUGAGAGAUACUUGAUGUAUUCGGAUCAAACAUCGCUCGUUUCAGUUGAUAGCACCGUUGUAUCUGAUGAGAUGAUUGCUCCUCAUCCUAUACAAGUAAGCGCAGUGAGAGGCUUGAGGCAUUCGGAUCAGACAGGGAUUGGUUCAGAUAAUCACCUUGUCAUAUUUGAUGAUUUUUUUCCGACGUUCAGAGGGGUUAUACAGAAUUAUAGUAGAGAAACGAGUUUCUCAGAAGAAACUGAUUCAGAUGAUGACGGAGUCAUGUUUGACGAAUUUCCUAAUGAGAUGGGAGAGCUUGAUUGGUACGGUAGUAGUACUCAUAUUGGUUUCUCAGAAGAAACAAUUCGACAGCACUUGAAAACAAGAAAUUUUGUUAACAUCGAAGCGGAGAAUGCCAUCGAUGAAAGUCCGGAAGUUUGUGUAGUAUGUCAAUGUGAAUACGAAAAAAAUGAGAAUGUGGGAAGUCUUGUUUGCGGACAUGAAUACCAUGUUGAUUGCAUAAAGAAGUGGUUGUCUCAAGAAACAUGUUGUCCCAUCUGUAGAGCCAAAGCAUUCUAG